CGACAACAGUAUUGGCGGGGCGAAUUUCGGAAACAUAAACAAAAUCAUGCUCAUUGUUUUUAUAUCGGCGGCAUUAAUUUCUCUAGAAUUGUUACGGUGUUUUCGUGGAGAUUUGUAACUGAUUUGGAGUGCAUAUUAAUAAUGGAACCGAAACAAAAAAUAUUAAUAGUAGGAGACGUUAAUGGAAACCUGAAGACAUUCUUUGCGCGCGUGGAAACCGUGAACAAAAAGACCGGCCCUUUCGAUUUGGUGUUGUGCGUCGGAAGCUUUUUUGGUUCUUCUCCCGAAGUAACCGAAUUGAAUGAAUACAAAAGCAGAAAGAAAUGCAUACCAAUUCCCACGUACAUAUUGGGUCCUAAAAAUGAGGCCACUUCUAAAUAUUUCUCAGUUUCUCAGGACAGUGAUAUUUGUGAAAACUUAAGUUACCUUGGUAAGCGAGGAAUUUUCAGUACAUCUUGCGGAUUGAAGAUAGCCUAUGUCAGUGGAACAGAAGCCGAACAUGCGGACGCCACCAAAGCACCUGAAUGGCAGUUUACCAAAGAUGAUGUUUUAGCCGUACGGGAUUCUUGCUUCGCGAGCAAAUCUAACAUGGGUGACUAUCGAGGUGUUGAUGUGCUGGUGACUUGUCAGUGGCCCAUUGGAAUCAGGGAUGAAGUGAAAAAUGGCUCAAAGCAAAUAGCAUGGUUGGCAAAUGCUAUCAAACCUCGCUAUCAUUUUUGUGGUUUGAAUGGCGAUUAUUUUGAAUCUCCUCCUUAUAGAAACAAACCAGACAAUAACACUCAAAUGGAGCUUGCAACACGUUUCAUAGCUCUUGCAGAUUUUGGAAACAAAGAAAAAAAGAAGAAUAUCUAUGCGUUGAACGUGACUCCUGUGGACAAAAUGCGAAUCAUUGAACUAAUUCAAAAAACCACUGACGAAAUAAUAUCACCCUAUGCGACCAUAACUUUCGGCGAGGAACAAAAAGGAUCACGAGGAAAUCGCAGUGAUCAGUAUUUUUACGAUAUGAAUAGCUACGAUGAUUCCAGAGGUAACAAAAGAAAAAGUCAAGGAAACCGGAUUAGUGGUAACUUUGACACGAAACGACAAAAACCGUCAUUUGAUCAAGAGAAAUGUUGGUUCUGUCUGUCGUCUGGAACGAUUGAGAAACAUUUGAUUAUUUCAGUCGGGGAGCAUUUCUACUUGGCACUGGCUAAAGGUCCGAUAAAUGAUACGCAUAUUUUGAUUCUAUCGAUCACUCACAUUCAAAAUGCCUCGCUGCUUUCAGCAGAGCAAUAUGCUGAACUCAACAAGUUCAAAAGUGCCUUGGCUCAGUUCUUCAAAGAUCGCGAAGAAACCAUUUUCCUUUAUGAAAGGAACUACAAAACCGGACAUUUGCAAAUUAAUGCCAUUGGUAUCGACAACAAUGUAGCUUGGAAGAUCAAACACGUGCUGGAGGAUAAAUCAGAGGAGCACAAUCUUACACUAGAAACCGCGGAGUUACCUUCAUCCCCCGCUGAUCUACCCCAGAAAACACCUUACUUUGUGGCAGAGCUGCCGGAUGGAACAAUGAUGUUUACGAAACAAAUGAAACAGUUUCCUCUGCAUUUUGGACGGGAGAUAAUAUGCGCGGAUAAUCUUCUGAAUUGUGAAGAGAAGAUCGACUGGCGGCAGUGCAAUCUAGAAAAGGAAGCGGAGGACGCUAUGGCACAAAGUUUUCGGGAAAGUUUCAAACCGUACGAUUUCACCAUUUGACCAGAGACCUAAGAUGAAGAAGCAACGAAUGUUUGUUUUGUUGUAAAGAUGUAAAUUGUUGAUUGAAAUAAAUUCAGUUCGGAUUUUUUGAAUAGUCAUUCACCUGA